GUGUUUGCUGAGGUGAAUGUUUACCUGGAACGGUUUGGAGCUCGUAUGAGAGAUGAAAUUGACUUCCUGGGGCGUGAGUGUGAACUAAACCCCCCUAGAUUACAGCAGUUUGAUGCCUGGGGGCAGCGUGUGGACCAAAUAAUCACCUGCCCAGCCUGGAAGAGGAUGAAGGACAUCUCUGCUGAGGAGAGUCUUGUGGCUGAAGGGUAUAAAAGGAGAUAUUCCAGUUGGAGCCGUGUUCAUCAGAUUGCCAAGCUGUAUCUUUUUAUACCCCCUUCUGGUUGCUACGGGUCCCCUCUAGCCAUGACUGAUGGAGCAGCAAAAGCUAUUGAGUCCUUAGGUAUCCCCAAGCCCCUGGAAGAAGCCUAUGCUCAUUUGACCUCAUGUGACCCCAAGACAUUCUGGACCUCUGGCCAAUGGAUGACUGAACGCAAAGGAGGCUCUGAUGUUGGAGGUGGAACAGAAACAAUCGCACGGGAACUUCCAGAUGGCUCCUACAGCCUGCACGGUUUCAAGUGGUUCACAUCGGCCACUGAUUCAGAUAUGACCCUGACCCUGGCAAGGAUCAUGGCCGCUGAUGGGCAGAUAAAGCAGGGCUCCAGAGGCCUCUCUCUCUUCUACCUGAAACUAUAUGAGGACGGGAAGCUGAAUGGCAUAAAAAUAGAGAGGCUGAAAGAGAAGCUGGGCACCAGGCCGUUGCCUACCGCAGAGUUGUUGCUGGAUGGAGCUCGAGCACAUCUGAUCUCUGCAGAAGGCCAGGGUAUAGCUUGCAUUGCCAACAUGCUGAACAUCGCUAGGAUCUAUAAUGCCGUCUCUGCAGUUGGAAUUAUGAGAAGAAUUGUCCACAUGGCACGGGAUUAUGCUACCAAGAGAGAGGCCUUUGGAAAACCCCUUAAGGAUCACCCCUUGCAUAUGCAAACUUUGGCACGAAUGGAGGUGAGCACAACCAGCUUUAGGAUUAA